UAAAUGAUUUGAUUUGGUGUUUGUUUACUAUUUAGCUGAAGUCAAAGUUUAUAAUUAAACAGUAUUUAAUUGGUUAGAAAGGGGUUUUAUUAUUUUAAUCUUGCUUUAUUAUAAAACUAUUUGUAGGUAACGUCAAUCACGAAACGUUUUUUUAGGUUAAACGAUAACAAAUCUGGGUUAGGCUGAGCCGAGCCCUAGCAGUGCUCAUUUUAGAGGUUAAAUCAUCUAUAAACGUUGAUAAAAAUUAAUUAAGCUACGUCUUAAGAUGGGUGUGUUUAUGGGGAUAGCCUCUGUGUUCCUAGGAUGUUGCAGCAACGUGGUGUUUUUGGAAUUACUGGUCAAGGAAGACCCCGGGAGUGGAAACCUAAUAACGUUUGCACAGUUUCUUUUUGUGGUUGUGCACGGAUUUAUAUUUACGAUGAAGUGGGGUACGAAGAAACCAAAUAUUAGCAUAUGGAACUACACAGUUCUCGUAGUGAUGUUUUUUGUCGUCAAUGUUUUCAACAACUAUGCUUUUGAUUUUAACGUAGCGAUGCCUUUGCACAUGAUCUUCAGAGCAGGUUCCUUGAUUGCCAAUAUGAUUAUGGGAAUCAUAAUUUUGAAGAAAACAUACUCACUCUCCAAAUAUGUAUCUGUUGGACUGAUCACCUUGGGUAUUGCAAUUUGUACAGUAAUAUCUGGUCAAGAUGUAAAAAAAACUGGUCCAGUCCGAGAAGACGCUAAGCCUACAACAGAAGUAGAAGAUUUCUUUUGGUGGAGUAUUGGAAUCCUCCUGUUGACAACUGCACUGUUUAUGUCUGCCCGGAUGGGUAUAUAUCAAGAAGAGCUUAACAAAAAAUAUGGCAAGAAUCCAAAAGAGGCUCUAUAUUUUACACACUUGUUGCCUCUUCCAGCGUUUGCUCUACUCUACAACAACAUCUACGAACAUCUGAUGAUCACAGUCAACAGUACACCUAUGCAGAUCCCCGUAUUACCAGUGGCUGUACCAAUACUGCUGGUCUACUUGUUGGGCAAUGUCGUCACUCAAUACCUCUGUAUCAGCUCAGUCUAUUACCUCACAUCUGAGUGCUCGUCGCUGACCGUGACGCUCGUCAUCACUCUACGCAAGUUUGUCAGCCUACUCUUCAGCAUCUUGUACUUCAAAAACCCAUUCACCAUCUACCAUUGGGUCGGCACCACGAUGGUCUUUGUAGGGACACUCAUCUUCACAGAAGUUCCUCAGAAGAUACUACAGUCUUCAUCAGCGCCUGCCAAGGCAAAGAAAGCUCAGUAGAAUAUGUAAAAAAGGGGUAUUAUUUGAUAUUUAAGCUUAUAUGAAUUACUAUUGUUGACUGUGGCCUGUUGAGGGUGAAACAGGUCUUAAGUAACCUUUGAGUUUUUUGUAUAGUCAAAUUUUCACUUAGAAAUUUGAAGCAACUUUUUGCACAGUUGGUGGUUUGAAUGCACCAUUCGUUUAGUGGCUUAAAUGGCAGCUAUAAAAAUUAUAUUAUUUUGAAAAACAAGAUAUAACUGCAACAUAACUACUCUUCCUGCAAGCGUCAAACUUAUCGACCUCACCACCAUCAAUCUCCCAAGAUUAAAAAUACUUUUUACAGGGAUGCUCUGGACUAAAAUCUCAGUUCAUGAUGUUAUCCUUUUCCUGUCAAUUGUUGGGAUAUACAGCCAAAUUUUUUUUAAAUAGUGUUUUAUUUUAAGAUAGAAUUGGGUAGUAAAACUGUAAAACAACAUGGUCAAAUUAUUUUUUUAACUGGAAUUUUUGAAAAAGAAUAGAGUUAAGCCAUUCAAACUCUAUUCCUAGUAAACAAAUUCCUAGUUAAAUAGAUUUCCUUUAAAAUAUUACCUUAUAUUUGACAGGCAACCGAAACCUGUGUAAAAGAAUUUAGAAAUCCAAUAUAACUCAAGUAUUUAGUUUAACGUAUUCAAAAACAAAGAUAAGUUCAAGUUCAAUCAAUAUUCAAUAUUUGCUAUUGUAAAGGCUGCUGGGAAGCAAGCUGGUUUAGUGGUUAGAGCGCGAGACUUCAAGCCUUAGGUCCCGGGUUCAAAUCCCACCAAAUCACCAAUGGAUUUCAUCUAAAGUGAUAAUGCCGCAACCACUAGGUCUAGCCUGAAGUAAUGUGAAAAACAAUCCCAGGCUUGUGCAUAGCGUCCUAGGAAAAAAGAAUUGUAAAGGCUGCUAAAUCAGCAUACAAUGGUCUGGCACACCAUAAACCUGGCUUUGGCCAAAGGCCCAAACAAUGUUUGUUUAUUGUUUUGCUGCGGAUUCAGACUUAAUCGGCAUAUGCCAGGAGCAAUUGGCAUACUUCCCAAAAAACCUAUAUAAAAAAUCCCACACGAAGAUCAGUAAAUCUUUUCUUAAAAUCCUUCUUUUUUUAAUCAACCUGUAGGCCUACCCUUUUAAAUAUUGAAAUAGUGGAUACAUUGCAUUAAUCAUUAUAAAAAAAAACAUGGACACAAUUCUAAAUCAAUAUAGGCGUACGAGUACUAUUUAACGCCUGCCAAAAAUAUGCCUUUACAACUAAUUAGAUUGUUGCAUUACCCUCUAAAAUUCUUUUCCUUCAAUUUAAUACAGAUUUGGUUGUGACGAGUCAAUUUUUUCAUCCUAUAAAAGGCCACUCUGGGACUUGAAAAUUAUUUGACUAUGAAUAAUUUUGAUGUUAUAUUAUUUAAUGUGUGUCCGUCCAAAAUGCAUUUAUCAUUUGACAUGUGUGUGAAAGGAAUUGGUAAAUGUUUUGGACUUUAACAACAUGCUUUAUUAGUUGAAAAAAUUUUUAGAAUUUCAUACAAUUAAAUUUUACACCAUUUUUAAUACCAAUUUAGCUGAUAUUGCUUAGGUCUCUGUUUUUUUUUUAUUGAACCCUAUUUUACAAAUAGUAACUGACAAUAACUUUACAAAACCUUUGACUAUUGAUUGAUAUAACUAAAACUGUCCUCACAUUAUUCAUAAGGAUUACAAAUCCACAAAGGGAGUAUCUUUAACACAUUCACUACCAGGUCUCACAAAACGCCUCAUACAGAGGAGUGUGGCAACUGGUAGGAAACUUGUUAGUCUUUUAUGUAACUAAGUUAAAAACCUAAAACAUUUUGUCAGUAUAUUUUUGCUCAAAAUUAGAAACAGGGUCAUCAACUAUAGAGGAGUAUAGUAUACAAUCAAGGUGUGUUCAACGUUCAACUUACUUGUAAUAAUGUAUAUUGUUUGUAGUGUUCCUCUUUUCACUUUUGCCCUAUAAUUUAGCACAUGUAAGUAAAUUAAUGACUGUUAACAAAAUGAGUGGUGAAAAGUUUUGAUUGUUUGCUAUGCAAUCAAAUAACAAAAUUAUGUAAAAUCUAUGAAGAGGUAAUGUUGGCUAAAUGAACUUAGUCCUGUAAGUAUAAUGUCUCAUUUUUACUUUGUUAAAAUUUUACCGUGUACAGUAAAGUUUCAAUAUCGGACCCUCCCAGUUGAUAUUCACCCUAUUUUCGUUUUGUAUGUAUACCAAAGCUGUAGAAGCGAGACAUUCCUGACUGUACUCAGAAAAUACACGUCAGGGUUUUAGGGAUUUUCCCUUGAUUGUAUGCAUACCACAUAUUUUGCCAAUUAUGCUCAUUUCCACAUACCUCUCUGAUAACCUUCACGUUUUAGUGCAAACUGAGACUUGUUGUUGAGUGGACGAGCAUUGCUUUAUCAAAGAUUUUACAGUUGUGGGAUAUUAUUUUAUCGUUUAUUUUUAUGUUAUAUUUGUGAUGAUGGGGUUGGAAUAAAAACAAGUUAGGACUUAUAAUGAAAGACAAACUUAAUCAACACUGUACCAAUUAAUUAUGUAAUUUGUUGACAUUUUUACAAUUUUGUAAUUAUUUUUGUUUUAAGUUUUUCUAACCUUGAUAUGACCAAUUUAGAUCAGACAAUUUCAAUGCUACCGUGAUAUUAUUAAUUAGUAUUUUUUUUAUGUUAUAAUAAUAUUCAAAUUAAAUAUUUGACUUCUUAAUAAUUAAUAAUAUUUAAAAAAAAGUAUAACAGUUAAUACAAGUAAAGCAGGCUUAUGUGCAAAUAAUAAAUUUAACUCUGAGUUAGUUUUGGCUAAAUUAUCUUAUCAAUGCCCUCAUUUAAUUUUUCAAAUACUUUUGACUAAUUUUUGUUUAAGCUUUUGUAAAAAUUUAUAUACUUAGAUAGAAAAAUAAAUUUUUACCAAACUUAUUUCUUGUUGUAUUUGUAUAUUGAGGUUUCUAAAGAUAUAUUUUUAUAUGUACUAUAUAUUUGUCUGUAGCUAAUUGUUGGUGUUUCUGUAGCUAGUCAUACUGUUAUCUAAU